AUGUUGGAAAGUAUUUAAUCAAACGGAAUGGUAUUAUGUGCUUCAAAUUAAGAAGGUACAAAAGUUGAACUUUUAAGGCCAAAUGAAAAUUCUAAUGUCGGUGAAAGAAUAUUUUUGGAAAACAAUGAAUAAGGAUUUUCUUAAGAAUUUCAGUAAAUUUUAAAUCCUAAGAAAAAAGUAUUAGAAAGUGUUCUUGAAGGGCUUAAAACUAAUCAAAACUUAGAAGCCAAUUAUUAUGGUAUAAUAUAUAUUAAAGUUGAAAUUUUAAAUAUAUGA